AUGAACUGUUGCGGCUUAUGCGGCCAUGGCUUCGGAGCGGAUAGCCUGGGAAGCACCGUCGAUUCAACACGGAUAUUUGCCGAACAUGACGAAUGGGCGAAGAGCUAUGAGAAAAAUAAUUGUGUUAUUGGAAAGCCAGAGGACUUGAAUGACAUUUACUUUGAUAUACCCUGGAUGUGGGAGCGUCUCCAUCGAGCUAACGACUACACACUCAGCGGCGUGACGCUCAAUACUUGGAGCUGGGAUCAUUACCGUUUUCAUUUUACGAGUGAUUCCGGAGAACUCGUUAUGGGGGAUACUACUAAGUGGAUGGACAGGGCGCUAGCAGUAUACCUAGGCGGUCCAGUGAAUCGCCCAGCAUAUGGAACGGUUGCGUAUCCCAUGCACGAGCGCUGUUGGGCAUUUAUGACCCGGAUUCUGGACGUUGGUCUGAUUGAGAGCAAUCUAUUUUUGUUUACCAAGGUUUUGUAUCAACGGAUGAAGGAUACCAAAGGUGCAAAUAAGUUUCUGAUUGAUGAGAAGCAAUAUUGGAAGCAGCCGGGUCAGAAGUACUAUAUGAAUUUAGCUUUGAAGGAUCCCGCGAAAUAUGCUAAGAUAUGCGAGGGGAAAAUGAAAGCUCUUGAGGGUUGUUUGGACUAUGCCUUUGCGCCGAGGGACCCGUUCAACGUCCCCGAAUUACCAGGACUACUGAGCGAUUUGGAAGAGUCUCAUAAAAAAAAAGAUCCAAAAGGAAACACAAAAGAAAUAAAAGCAUGGAAGCCACGAACACCACGUUGUCAUCGAAUGGGCCUCCGCCCAUCCACCUUCGACGUGUGCCGCAUAGAAGCCCCCAUCGAAAUUAUCAUUAUGAUCAUGGACUACCUUCCCAGUCUUCGCGAUAUCAAGACCCUGAUGUGGGUGUUUCCGCAGUGGAGGUACAUGGUCCCGCAGACAUGUUGGCGGGAUCGGUUCAUUAGAGAGCUUGCGCUGAAUGAACUGGCUCAAAAUGCUAAUGCGCUGAAUUGGAGGUAUCUCUAUUUCAAUGCGGAUGCGCUAUUAGCCAAGUCUCAUGGGUGGUUGUUUCGGAGGCAUGUAUUGGGUUCUUUGGAGAAGACGAAAGUGGCGUUUUUGAAGAGUGUGAAUCCGGAACCGAAACGAAAACCAACACUUAAACCCAAACCCAAGCGCAAAUCCAAAUCCAAGGCCAAAUCUAAGUAA